AUGAAGCAGGUGAAGCGGGAGCGGAAGCAGCACUUGAACAGCGCGCUGUACUACACGGUGAUGAAGGAUAUUCUGGCCAACGGCAUCGAUGUCGUGUUCGAUCGAGUCAAUGAGACGCUUCUCCAGGCGCGCGAGGUGGGCGUGCUGGACCCCAAACACGCGCCGCUCAUCGCUCGCCUCAACGUCUACCGCGCGUUCGAGCCCAUCGAGCCCUCGCGAUCCAUCAUCCUGACGCCGCAGAACGUGGACCGCGUGCUGAACGGGCAGCGGAACGUGAUGGUUCUCUUCUACGAUCCGCGCUGCCCCGUCUGCAGAGACUUCGCGCAGGUCUACCGCGACGCCUUCGAGAAGCAUCCCUUCACCGUUUAUUUCGCCUCUCUUAACGCGGCUCAUUUUGAAGCGCUCCGAAUUCGGUUCAAUGUCACCGAUCAUCCCGUGUUGAAGUACUUCGCCGAGGGAGAGCCGCUCGAGAACGCGCUGGAGAUCCCGGAGAGAACGCCCGAUGGCAUCGUGGAGUGGCUCCGAGCGCAGCUGGUCGAGCAGACGCGGAGAAAGAAGGAGAUGGAGAUGAAGAUGGCCAUGGAGGGGUCGGCGGCGGAGAAGGUCGAGAAGGAGGAGCAGGAGCAGGAACAGGAGUUGUAAUUUGGAACGGGGAUUGUUGGAGGGU